GCAGAGAGAGCACAGGGAGCCUGGCUGCUAAAUGCUCCUGCUUCAGAGGGACGAUGGUGGAGGGCUGGUAAAGAUGGCGGCUCUCUCGGAGGAUGGGAGGUACGGAUUAAAUUGUGGCCAACAGAGCGCAGAAAGAGUCACUGUAUUACAUGUCAAAUUGACUGAAACGGCGCUGAGAGCGAUAGAAAGCUACCAAAAUUGCAUGAAUGUACCUUCUUUGCGGCCUACAAUACAAUUUAAGGGACUCCAAGGGCGCAUUAAAAUCCCCAAGAUUAACUCCUCCACGGACACCUUCCACAAUUUUGAUUUCUACCUGUCUAAUGUGGGCAAGGACAACCCUCAGGGAAGCUUUGAGUGCAUCCAUCAGUAUGCGUCAAGCUCUGGGGCCUCACACCUGGCAUUGUUGGCAACGGUGCAGGACAAGGUCACUGUAUGUGCCACCAAUGACUCGUACCAGGUGACCCGGGAACGUAUGACCCAGGCUGUAGAGGACACACGUGAACGUGGGACCAAAGUCAUCAAGCCUGGGGGCCAGUACAGAGGAAAGCAAGUGCAAACUCGUAAGCCUGCGCUGACGGCUCCAGAUAUAGUUCCAGAGCGCAAACGAUCCACACCUAUCAACCCAGCCAACACGAUACGCAAGUGCCUUUCCAGUAACCCUGUAUCACAGAGGUCACUCCGGGACCGCAUCAUUCACCUGCUGGCGCUGAAGUCGUACAAGAAGCUGGAAAUGCUCGGCCGUUUGCAGCGGGAUGGUAUCAACCAAAAGGACCGAAACUCACUGGGGACGACUUUGCAACAAGUGGCAAACCUGAAUCCCAAAGACAACACAUACUCAUUGAAGGACUUUAUUUAUCGUGAUGUCCAGCGAAACUGGCCUGGCUAUUCUGAAGAUGAGAAGACACAGGCUGACCGGAUCCUGACUCGCAAAUUAGGUCUUCCAGUUGAGACGGCCUCAAAUAGUUCUCCUAAAGAAAGUGUCCCCACAUCCCCUCAGAAGCGGCAGCCAGACUUUGACUUCAUUGAUCCCUUGGCUCCCAAGAAAGCUCGCAUCUCUCACCUCAGCAAUCGAGGACCAGCUGCAUCUUCAUCCUCCUCUGACCGCCGCGAGGAUGAGAGCAUCCCCAGCUCUAAACACUUGUCCCUACCCCCCAAUGUUACCUCAGGCCCUCCCACCCAUCUUCCCAUUUCAUCCCACCCUCCUGCACCCUCUCACCAGCAACCCAGCCCAGCCUCCAACUCCAACUCACCGAGCACCCCGGAGGGCUGUGGCACCCAGGACCUGCCCACGGACCAGAGUUCUUCCUGCAGAGAUCCUUCACCCAGCCCCUUUUCCUCGGACAGGACCCUGCAAGACCGCUAUCAGCACACUGUCCUGAGGCCAGCCACCUCCCCCAGCCCUCCUUGCACCUCUCUCACAGUUACCUCCACUGUCAUCACCAGCCCUCCCUUAUCUAGCAAUACAAAUAAAAAGUUCAAAAAGAAAUCCAAGAAGCACAAAGACAAGGGUCGAGAGAAGGAGAAAGGGAAACGAACAGAAAGAGCCAGCAUUAAUCCUCCCAUCGUAGCAGAGCAGACUGAGGAGAGUCGUAGAGCCAAAAAGAAGCGCAGUGCUGAGGAGGAAAAUGGACAAGUUCUGGACAAAUAUUCCCACAAAGAACAAGACAAAGAGCAGCUGGUCCAGUCCACUGAAUUCUCUUCCAAAACUGAGAUGCCUGACUUUGCAGUGAAGUACACAAUGCUGGUGUCCCUCGACCAGAGACAGAGCUACAAGGAUGACUUCAACGCAGAGUAUGAUGAGUACCGCCAGUUGCACGCCCGUGUGGAGAGCAUCACACGCCGCUUUACCCAGCUGGAUACCCAGUGUCGGAAGCUGGCACCUGGCACCAAAGAGCACCAGAAAGUGCAAGAAGAAGUCCUGAAAGAGUACAAAAAGAUGAAACAACACAACCCAAACUACCAUGAAGAGAAACUACGCUGCGAGUACCUGCACAACAAACUGGCUCACAUCAAGCGGCUAAUAGCUGAUUUUGACCAGCGCAGAGCCCAGGCCUGGUACUGAGAGAGCAGCACGGGGCAUUUUCACUGAUCAGUAUUGUGAAUGGAGUGUCAAACCAGGAGGGAGUGACCAACUUGGGCUUAUUUAUUAACACCCCUCCAUUUCCUGCCUCUACAACUUUCUCCCUUUCCCUACUUCUGUCAUCCUUCAUUCCCUCUUUAUUUUAUGUUUUUGAUUCCACAGGCUUUUAUUUUGUUGCCUGCAGUAGUGAAAAUCUCACUUAGACUUUACUCCCUUCAUUUGGUUUCUCAAUGGUUUUUUUUUCUUAAAUAAGUAGCUCCUGUGGAAUUGAAUGCCACUGGUCCAGUGGAAGGGGCUGCCUGCAUGAGCAAUGAGGUGUGCUAAAUAACUUCAACUCUAACUUUUUGAAGGACAGUUUUCAGACAAAAGUAUUUGAGCAUCAAAUAAAAUAUUAAGUUGUAUUUAAGUUUAAAAAAAUGAAAAAAAAGAGGGAAAUCUAUUUAUUUUGAGACUCGUAGUGCAAGCAAGAGUCUGCAGAUGAUGUAUUGUUUAAUUUUUCUUAAACAUUGAAAAGAAAAAAAAUUACCACGGGCCUUAUGUGUUUUGACUUUGUGAAGCCAUUUUGCACGCAAGAUCCAUACGUCACCUCAUCUGGAAAAGAUAUCUCUGCUGCCUCAUUUCCUCUUCAAAAAAAAAAAAAAAAAAAAAAAGAAAAGAAAAAAAACUGUAUUGGAAAAUGUUGCUUCAACAAAUUGCUGCCAAUGCUGAGUGAAGAGGAAGGAAAUGUGACAGUAAGGAGAAGCAACAGACGGUGUGCAUGGGUUGUAAAUUUAGUUUUUAAUGACCCACAUCGGUGGUGAGGUUAGGGGAAAAUAAAGACCCCGUCACCCACUGGGGCAGGCGGGGAGCAGUAUUCCUUGCAUCAAUUAAUAUGUAAAGUUCAGUGCCUUAUGGCGUUUACAUUCAGAACGUGUAGUUGGGCUGCUCCUGCGGUCCACAGAUUAUGCAAAGGAUCUACAACUGCCUAAAAACUGUCAUAUAUGAAUGAGUGAGUGUGUGUGUAUGUGUGUGUGCUCGCGUUCGCACUUGUGCAAAUGUCAGACUGGAAGAGAAAGGAGGCAAUACGUCUGAAAGGAGUGUUACAAAAUGAGUCUUUGUAUGGUUGUGAAUUAUUUAGAGUAACAAAAAAAGUAAUGUGGAGAAAUUAGAGAUAUGAGGGGAGCGGGAAAAACAGAAAACAAGCUGCUAUAAUGUUUGACCAGCCAGAGCACUCGGGAUCAACCUGGUUGGAGUAACAGAACCUGAUCCUCAUAGAAGUAAUGCAGACGAUCUUUAUUUUCCAGAGUGGUUCCUCUCUUGACCCUGGAAAGGACUGCAACCGCCUCAUGAGCUUAAUCCAGUGGCAAAGAGCCUGUUUUAUGUUUUAAAAAGAAGCCACUUUAUGAUGCGUCCUCCAGAGGACUCAUCCUUCCUGUGUUCAAUGUAUUUGGUUUAGGUCUACUUCCACCGAGGAGUGAAAGAUUUAAGUAUUUCCCCAGCAUUGAUACAGAUUUAUUGUCAUGGAUGGAUGGCUUCUAGAAGAUUUUUUUUUUUUUCAACAAGGGAAAAUUGUUUACAAACUUGUGUUAGAAUGUUUGCCAAACAUUAAAUGCCUUCUGGUACUGCUUCCAUGGAAUACAUUUUCCAAAAGGAGUGCAAGUUGAGGAGACGUGAAUACUGAAAUAUGUGUUGCAUUCACUGGUAAACAUCCAGAACAGAAACUCGGGCACUGUGCAGUGGUCAGCCUCUUUCAGAGCUGGAUCUGAGAUAUCGUUUAUUCAAGUAAGAGUCUGUAUCCUGUACUGGGGUU